AUGACUGGCGGCGGCAAAUCUGGUGGCAAGGCCUCUGGCUCCAAGAACUCCCAGUCCCGUUCUUCCAAGGCGGGUCUUGCUUUCCCCGUUGGUCGUGUCCACCGUCUUCUGCGAAAGGGCAACUACGCUCAGCGUGUCGGUGCCGGUGCUCCCGUCUACCUGGCCGCUGUCCUCGAGUACCUCGCCGCCGAAAUCCUCGAGUUGGCUGGCAACGCCGCUCGUGACAACAAGAAGACCCGUAUCAUCCCCCGUCAUCUCCAGCUCGCCAUCCGAAACGAUGAGGAGUUGAACAAGCUGCUGGGACACGUCACCAUCGCACAGGGUGGUGUUCUGCCCAACAUUCACCAGAACCUGCUCCCCAAGAAGACAUCGGGUAAGGCUGGCAAGGGCUCCAGCCAAGAAUUGUAA